CAAUCAAUGAUUUGAAAUAUUUUUGCUGUGCAAUUUUUUGGAAAAUCUUAUUUUUUUAUGCCAUUCCACGUAGUUUGGAGGGCGUUAUAAAACUCGGGGCGAAGUGUUAUGGGUGCAGAGGAUGACAGUCUUAACACAUCUCUCGCACAUAUUGUGCUGUGCUGCGUUGCCGGGAGGGGGAUUAGCCGCAUGUCAGGGAAGAGUUUUACACACCCGGGCAUGCACGCCAACUUCUUCAUACAUGGGGUUCUCGGAUUCCUUCACUAUCAAAGCGGGGUCUUCAACAACGAUUUCAAGCCAGCCUACGCGGUCAGCUACAAAGCUUCGAGAUAUCUCGCUCUACCAUGCCUCAUGGCUGACCUAUACCGAGGGAACAACGCUUUGAGUACAAUCCACUUGCUGUCUGGGAUUGUGCCCUUUGCCCUGGCGUUGUCUGGUGAGGACAAUGUUCAGCUGGGGAAUCUGGUCAUUGCCUGCAAUAUAAUAUCUCUCUGCCACUAUUCCAUGCAGAAUAACAGAGAGUGGGGCUGGUACACGGCUGGGGCAGCAGUAUUCGCGUAUAUCCUCGCCCCGCAGAUGGGGCCAAAGGUCAUGUACCCGCUGGGAUUGGCGCUCAUGGAGUAUUGCGCGUACAGAGUGUUCCACAUACAUUAUGAUGCGCCCCCGGCUCGUUGAAUAAAUUGAUUACAUG